CAUUAUUCGAGUCGAUUCUUUUGGCAAUCAUGAAGCUCCCGCUCCUCUUAGUCUUCAUCACUUUAUUCAGGCCACAGGUACUAGGAAGCACCAUAGAAGAUGCCGAACAAGUCUUGCAGGACCUCAAAGACCUCAAUUUAUCAUACCAAGGAGAACUUCACCUCCAUAUGAACAACCAGUCAGACAUUCUUAGAGGUCAAUUGAUGGAAAUGCAGACUCAGACUCAACAAGAAAUCCUCGUCCAAGUGAACAACAUUUUAUCCAAAAUUUCAACCAUGGCAGAAAAUACCCAGACUAGUACUGGCGCUAACGUAGACAAUUGUCUGAGUACUGCAAAUGAAGAUCUUACAGAUUUUGCCAAUGAAAUGUCUGAUAGAUUAAACGACUGCUAUGGAAGUAUGCUUGACACUGGAAAUUAUAUGUUGUACACAAGUUGGAGUAAGGUUUGGGAUGAAUAUGAUCUUAGUUAUCGAUGCGGUAUGAUGGCUUUUGAACAAUGCAAGAACUACGGAAAUGAAGAGUGUGCGGAUGUGCUGAUAUCUGAUAUGGAAUUUUUGAACGAAUAUGUGGAGCAAGCGUUUACUGCCUUGAAAACUGAUAUGGUGAACCAGAUAACUGGUAUGAAUUAUCCUUGUAGGCAGAUGAUUUUAGAAGAGAUGGCACUUUAUCCUUCUCUUAUUUUGAAUUACGUUGGCUUGUGUUUGGAAAAUAUUAAUGCUCCUAAUUUUAUACCCCAGUGUUAAGAAAUCUCCGCUUCUAAAUAAAGUUUUAAUUGAUUUUUAA